GUAGAGGAGUCAGUGUUCAGUCUGCCGCUCUGUUAGUUUGUCUCUGAGUUUCUCAGCCUCUCUGCGUCUGUCCCUCAGCCCGUCUUUCUCUCACAGGAUGGACCACUUUAAUUAUGGAUUAUUGAUUAUCGUCUUUCUGCUGCCGAUCGACUGUUUACACUCAGUUUACAUCUCUGACAACACAGAUUCUCUCCAUCAGGUGCUGUCAGAGUUCGCCGCCAUUCGUCCAAUCAGGACCGACUCAGAGGGACGUUUCCUUUCAGCUACUGUCUCCGCCCACCACCUGCCCCGCAGGAAAAGACACGCCCCCUUCACCCAGGACACGCCCUCUGACACAAACAAUGACAAGCAGACUCACACAAAAAGCCCACCAUUACAACAAGCCCCGUCCACAGAUGUGUCACCGUCCAACCAGACGGGGCGUAUCUGGAGGGAGCGAGGCCACAGGGCCAAGGAGGCACAGCUGUUCUACAACGUGACGGUGUUCGGUCAGGAGCUGCACCUCCGUCUGCGUCCCAACAAUCGCCUCGUCGCCCCCGCCGCCACCACAGAGUGGUGGGAGGAGUCGGGAGGAAAACACUCUCAGCCAAUAGGAGAAGUCGACUGCUUCUACACAGGAGAGGUGUCCAACAUGGAGGACACGUCCAUCGCCAUCAGCAACUGUGACGGGCUGGCCGGGAUGAUCCGGACGAGACAGGAGGAGUUCUUCAUCGAACCGCUGAAUUGGUGGAGGACAGGAAGCGAGGAGGAAGAGGGAGGAAGACAACACAUCGUUUAUCGCUCCUCUGCCAUCAUCAAGAAGCAACCGGCAGUCAAUCACACUGAAGCUGUCCAUAAAACAGCUGAUGACUUUCUCCGUGGUCCACUUUUAGGUUCUCUUGACUGGAAACAGAAGGUGAUGUGGUCCGGAUCCAGAUCAGCUCGACGAAGACGCUACAUUGAAGAGGCUGAACUGUUUACUAUAGAGGUUUUAUUGGCUGUGGAUUAUUCUGUUCUUCUUUUUCACGGACGAGACCACAUUCAGAAAUAUCUUCUAACACUCAUGAACAUAGUGAAUGAGAUCUAUCAGGAUCAUUCUCUGGGCGCCAACGUCAAUGUAGUUCUGGUCAGAAUCAUCAUGUUGUCGCCAUCAAAGUCCCAGGAGCUGAUCUCUGUGGGGAAUCCCAAGAAGAGUUUGGAGAACGUUUGUGGAUGGUCGUAUCUCCAGCACAGGGAGCAGAAUGACGCCGAGCAGCACGACCACACCAUCUACCUGACCAGGCAGGAGUUUGGCCCUUCUGGCAUGCAGGGUUAUGCUCCAGUUACAGGAAUGUGUCACCUGCAUCGGAGUUGCGUCCUCGUCUUUGAAGACGGGUUUUCAUCUGCCUUCGUAGCUGCACAUGAAACAGGACACGUCUUAGGGAUGGAGCAUGACGGCGAGGCCAAUGACUGUGCUGAUGACGUGCCGUUGGGCAGCAUCAUGUCCCCGCGGGUUCAGGCCACCUUCCAUCAGUACCACUGGUCCCGCUGCAGCUGGAGGGAACUGCACAAGUACUUGCAUACCUAUGACUGUCUCCGUGACGACCCUUUCAACCACGAUUGGCCGGAUCAGCCUCAGCUGCCGGGCUUCCAGUACUCAAUGGACCAGCAGUGUCGCUUCGACUUCGGACCAGGAUACAGCCUCUGUACUGCAUACACCACCCUUGACCACUGUAAGCAGCUAUGGUGCAGUGACUACAACAACCCCUUCUACUGUAAGACCAAGAAAGGUCCGCCGCUCGACGGGACAAAGUGUGGACCGGGGAAGCACUGUUUUAAGGGUUUCUGCAGGCAACUGACCCCAGACCUGCUGAGACAAGAUGGCGGCUGGGGGACAUGGAGUCAGUUCGGCAGCUGCUCCAGGACCUGCGGGGGCGGGGUCAGGUUUCGGGCCCGGCGCUGCGACACUCCAGCUCCAGCCAACGGGGGGCGCACCUGCUUCGGAAAUAGCUACGAGUUCCAGCUAUGCAGCCAGGAAGAGUGUCCCCCCCUGACUGACUUCAGAGAGGAUCAGUGUAAAGUCUGGAAUCCAUUUAUGGAACAUGAAGGCAUCAAACAUCACUGGCUGCCGUACCAACACCCUGACCCUGAUGAGCGCUGUCGGCUCUACUGCCAGUCAAAGGAGACGGCCGCCGUGGUUUCCAUCAACCGAAUGGUGCAUGAUGGGACGCAAUGCUCUUACGACGACGCCCACAGCGUCUGCGUCCAAGGAGAGUGUGAGCAUGUUGGUUGUGAUGGACAGAUCGCCUCGGACCACCAGGAGGAUCGAUGUGGAGUCUGUGGAGGAGAUAACUCCAGCUGUAAGAUUAUCAAAGGGAACUUCACCCGCAGCACCAAGAAACCAGGUUACCUAAAGAUCCUGGAGAUCCCCAAAGGAGCCCGGCAUCUGCUGAUCCAGGACUUUAAAGGAACUCCUGUUCUAGCGCUGACGAACCAGGAGACGGGCCACCUCUUUCUCAAUGAGGAAGACGAGCUGCCCGAAUCCAGAGUGGUGAUCGAGAAGGGUUCGGCGUGGGAGUACAGCAACACCGAGGAGCAGGAGUCCGUCCAGACCACAGGGCCCCUCAAGUAUGGAGUCCUGCUCAUGGUCCGUUCCCACGGAGACUCCAAGGUGACGGUGUCCUAUAAGUACGUCAUCCAGGAUCAUCUCCGAUCCUCGCUGGAGUCCACCCUGCAGGAGGACGCCAUCUUCUACAAGUGGGCGCUGAAGAAGUGGUCGCACUGCUCCAAGCCCUGUGGAGGAGGGAAACAGUACACACGGUUCGGCUGCAGAAGGAAGGCUGAUGGGAAAAUGGGUUCAGAGGACGUUCUGCUCCGAAAUCACAAACCGAGAGCCAUCAGCCGCACAUGCAACACCAACACCUGCAACUCCCCAAGUUGGGUGACCGCUGAGUGGGAGGACUGCAGUGCCACCUGUGGUCAGACAGGAUGGCAGCGCCGCUGGGUGACCUGCCAGCAGCUGUCCAACAGGGGGCAGCGCUCAGUGCACAGCAAACUCUGCGGUGAUAACCGUCCAGAAGUCAAACAAACCUGCAAUCGUUUACCCUGUCCAGCUUCCUGGAGAGCUGGGCCCUGGACCCCGUGUUCAGUGUCAUGCGGAAACGGGACUCAGGAGCGUCAGGUUGCGUGUUUGAGCCCCGAGGGUUCAGUCCAUAACUGCAGUGCUUUUCCACCAAUCAAGACCCGCACCUGCCAGCCUCCUCCCUGUAGCGGCGACCAGAAGAAUGCCAUCAUUCAGUGGCUGUCCAGGUCCAACCCAGACUUCCCAGCUCCAAAGAUCUCCUCCAGGCAUCGAUGCCGAGGUGACCGCUCUGUGUUUUGCCGGAUGGAGGUGUUGAGUCGGUACUGCUCCAUCGCCGGGUACCGGAAGAUGUGCUGCAAGUCCUGCAGCAACCUCACCAACUCCAGCAACUCCAGCCAUUCCAGCAACUCCAGCAACCCUUUCCUACCGACGGCCAACAGUUCCUGGAGUUUAACCACGGAGACGAAGACCUCAACGUCCUCCUGGUCCGACAUCACCAGUGACAUCACCAGCAGGCCGUCUCUCAGCGCCACUGUGACUCCGCCCCCGACCAGCAAGAGCAGCACGGACUUUGUGUACGUGGAGUAUGAGGAUUAUAACGAGUACUCGUCCUAUGAGGAUCCUUCUCUUGCCUUAACCCACCCUCUCAUCAUUCCACAUACUACUAGUACUGGUACUGCUAUCACUACCACUACUAGUACUGGUACUGCUAUCACUACCACUGCUAGUACUAGUACUACUAUCACUACCAGUGCUUGUACUAGUACUACUAUCACUACCACUGCUACAAGGCGACCAAAAACAACUGCUCCCCCACAUUUAUUCAAGUGGAAAACUCCCACAAUGCCCUCUGCUACAGUCCCUGUGGUACGUGUUGAGGGUCAAAGUUCAACCCCGUCUGCCAUCCCAGACUUCCCGACAAUGACGUCAGCUGAUUCUGAUGUCAUCAUCACCGCCACUUCCUCAGAGAGCAGAAUGUCGGGAGGAAGGAGCCUCCAGACCGGAGCCGAACCUUCGCCAAGGUCGUCCUCCCUCUUCUCGCUCUCCAAGAAGGAGAACAACUCGGUGGACGAGGUCCCGUACCGGGUCGUGGGGAUGGACACCGCGAGAGGACAGAACCUCUUUGUGCCGCGGAUGCCGCCAGCCCGCGAGCGAACGCACAACAAACGGAUCCAGCAGCUUCUGAACGAGAAACGACGAAGGGAUCCGGCGAGGGGAGAAGGCCGGAUUGAUGGGAAACACGGAUGAUAAAAAGCACAUUUUUGUUUUCUUUUAUCGUUCACAGUGAUGACGCAUGUGCAGCUUGCUCACUUUCUGCUAACGCUUAUGAACUCGUCACGAGGAACUGAGCCGAAGAGACGAACGAUCAAAGAGGAUUUUCUGCUUUGUUUCCUCAAAUCUAGAAUCCUGAACUCGAGACGUGAUGCUCAAAGGUUUAACUGUAUAAAACCAAAUAAUCCCGUUUCUCAAUAAA